UCGCCUAGCAGCGCUCCGGCAACGCUGAAGCACACCAGAAGCCUCCACAGAAGGAUUGGCCGACAAUACGACAACGGCUGACGGGGCUUUUACCCUCUAAAAAUCGGUUCUUACAGUAAAACGACCGGUAACAUCUGCACUAUCCCUCCUGACAUCUGUCACGACGAGCCUGAUUUAACCUCGCUGAAACCGACGCCAUAGCUAGCGGGUGUCUAUGACAUAGGCUAGCAUGAACGCAACGAUAGACCGCAUUCACUUCCAGCUCGUCUUUCCUGUCUGAUUCAUGGAAUGGGAUGCCUUUCUGUCGAGAUUUCCUCUCCCUUCUACCAAGGACACUGGAUGGAAUUGCUAAAACGAUGCGAGUGGUGUUAAACUACUAAUUAUGAAACACAUGUUUUCGUCUCGACUCCACACUUGAUGCAGGCUUGUUGACACGGCAUAGGCUAAAGCCCGGUUCGAAUGGUGGACUGAUCUGUCAUUUUUAAAAAAAAAAUUGCUUUAUCCAUUUUCAUGCCAUUUCUGCCGCAUGCAAGUUUUGGACGAUGGAUCUGCUUUGUAUAUUAUGUUUGACAUCAGCGAACGAGUGGGCGGAUGUUCAAUGAUUUGAUACCCUUUCGUGAGAAUGUAACCGGGCGGUGAAGUGGGACUAUCCGAUUUUCGUGUCUCCACCGCGGGCGUCGAGUGUUCGGCGGACCAGCAACGAUGCCACGGAGUUUGCGAAGGCUUCUGCACCUGGUGCUAUUCUGCCCUUUAUCGAAAGGCUUGCAGUCUCGUAUGCCAGCUGUGAAAGUGAAGUAUUUGCUGCUGGUGUGGGUGGGUAUCCUGCUGGCCAGCUGGGUCCUCUACAUGCAGUACUCGUCCUACUCCGAGCUGUGCAGGGGACACGUCUGCCACAUGGUCAUCUGUGACCACUACCGUAGAGGAAUUAUUGCUGGCUCAGCAUGUAAGGCUCUGUGUGAGGAGAGAACCCUCAACCUGCAGAGAUGUCUGUCCACGUCAUCAACACAUCAGGUAUACAAUGGGAUGUGGAAGGAGAAGGCAGUGGUUAUAAAGUGCGGAAUUGAGGAGGCAGCCGGUGGUGAGGGCGUCCCGGGCUCUGCCUUGCGGCCGGAGAGCAGCCUCUUUGACAAGCCGGCCCGGGGCACCUCCAUGGACGAGUUCAGAGAGAUGCUGCACUCUUUCCUCAAGGAUAGUCUGGGAGAGCAAGCAUCACUUAGUACACUGGUAGCACGGGUGGUCACACUGGCUGACGUCAACCAGGACGGCAAGGUGUCUCUGGCCGAGGCGAAGUCGGUGUGGGCGCUGCUUCAGGUGCCCGAGCUGCUAGUGCUGCUAGCGCUGGCCGGCCGCGAGCACACGCCGCGCCUGCUCGGCUUCUGUGGCCACCUCUACGUGACGGAGCGCGUGGCCCACGGCGCCCUCUGGCGGCUGGAGGUGCCACCCGCCCUGCAUCCCGUGGUCCCGGAGGCGGUCGGCGUGGCGCUCAACCGCUGGCUGGCCCCCGCCUGGCCGCGGCGGGCGCGCAUCAGCAUCGGCCUGCUGGAGUUCGUGGAGGACGCCUUCCACGGCGCCUACGGCAGCUUCCUCAUGUGCGACUCGGGCCCGGCACGCGUGGGCUACAGCCAGCAGUACGACUGCAAGAUGGCCGACCUGCGCGGCGUGGCCAGUGAGGCGGCCGUGAGGGGCCACCUCCGCGGCCGCCCGUGCCAGACCAACGCCGACUGCACGUACGGCCGCGACUGCACGGCCACCUGCGACCGCCUGGCGCGCCAGUGCAACACGGAGGUGGUGCAGCCCAACUUGGCCAAGGUGUGCGCGCUGCUCCAGGGCUUCCUGCUCUUCGGCGCCCCCGCUGACCUCCACGCCGACCUGGACAAGCAGCUGCGCACCUGCGUCACCCUCAGCGGCCUGGCCAGCCAGAUGGAGGUGCACCACUCACUGGUGCUCAACAACCUCAAGACGCUGCUCUGGAAGAAGAUCUCCAACACCAAGUACUCCUGAUCUCAGACGAGAGAGAGAGAGAGAGAGAGAGAGAGAGAGAGAGAGAGAGAGAAAGAAAGAGAAAGAGAGUGAGAGAGGAGGAAAGAGGGAGAACGCAGAGAUGGAAGGAGGAAAGAAAAGACAGAAGGGAGAGUGGUGCAGAGAUGAGAGUUGAAGAGAGAUGGGUGUCUCAGAGAGGGACACCCAUCUUGGAGAUGGAGCAUGCAGGAGUGAAAGUAAAAAAAUAAAUCUGGGAGCGACUGCUGGAAAAGGAGAAUGUGCAAAAUGAAGGUUAAAAUAGCACCACUGUGCGUAGGCUAUUACAGGAAAGGGAGCAAUGCUGGACUGGACUGGACUUAACUAGACGCUGUUUUGUACCCUUGUACAGACACUGCUCAACUCUCAUCCCUGCACUCCCACAUUCACCUGCAUCUCCCUGCCCGCUACCACUCAACCUAAGAACAGAGAAGCCACCACUACGGGUCUCAACUUGGGACACACAGUGCAGUCCUCAUUAUGCCACCCGAAGACCAUUUGUAAACCCUUGGAGCAAUGGGAAAUGACUCCUGACUCUUGAAUGGAAUAUGAUUGUUUUGAAUUUGUGCACUACACCUAGAUUCACAAUACUGUAGUUUGGUAGACUAGGGGCUAGUGCCCUUCUGAGCCGAUAUAUGAUAUUGGGAAGAGAAUUUCACUAAGUACGUACGAGAGGCAUACUGAAGCAGUCAGUCACUCAUUACUACACUGUCCAGCACUAAACAAAUUCUCCAUUAUGGAAUACUGCACUGUGUGUGUUUGUGUGUGUGCGUGUGUGAGUGACAGAGAGAGAGAGAGCUAGAGAGCGAGAGCAAGAGUGAAUGAAACCCUGGGAUAUGGAAGAUAAUACCUCUGUUACAGUCCUGUGCAGUGACCCUCAGGCACUUUAGUUUCUAAAUGUCGCUCCAUCCGCUAACGUCAUGAGUGGACCCUCAACCUUGUAUUAUGCAUCUCACAUGUGUAUCCACAAGACGGAUAGGCUAUUUAUUGAGACUCAAAGACUCUUGCAACCCUUUCAGGGAACGCUGCUUGAUUCUGCCAGGGAGACUACCAUUUCAACAACUGUGUGCUUGUUGAACCAGUGAUGGCUAUGUUUUUUUUCUUUUAAUGAUUCACUGGGAAAGAAGCUUGGGAUGUGUGUGAGUGGGUGUAUGAUAGAGAGAGAGGGAGAGACCUGAUCAGAUGUUUGUGGAUGAAAGGUAGAUUGUCAUUUAAAGUUGUGUUUGCCGCUGGAGUUUUGUUUUUAUGAGCAAUGAACAAAUGAUUUGGUGAAUUGUGUACAUACAGUGCCCUCCACAUGUAUUGUAAUCUCUACUAAAGUUGAGUAAAAGGAGGUAACAGAAAAAUCCUCUUUUGGUCAUUUGUCUUGGUCUCACAAUGAAAUCCAAUCUUGAAGGGAAGCAAAUUUAUCCUGAGAAACAAUAACAUCUCAUUAAGAAAUAAAUAUUUUUAACAAAAACACAUGCAUUUUAUACUUUGUAUAGCCUCCCUUUUCCAAUUAAACAGCACGUAACCUUCUGUGACAGUCCAUAAAGUUGGAGAAUUUGAGAAUCUUCUCUUUACAAAUCCUUUCAGAUCGGCCAGAUUCCUAGCUCCUCACUUGUGUGUUCUCCUGUCAAGCCCUGGGGUUCAGAGAUGGCUCUUAAUUUUUGUGUUCAAUAAGCAAUUUUUGUGUUUAAAUCUGGAUAUACGUAUUGCUGGAUGACCCGAUCAUAACCAGCGUUUAAUGUCUUGGCAGAGACUGACAGAUUUUUGUUGAAAAUAUUCAGGUCCUUGGAGUUCAUGAUUCCAUGUGCCCUGAUGAGGUUUUUAGGGCCUUUGGAACAAAAACAGCCCCACAAAAUCAGAGACCCUCCAAAAUAUUUAGCAUGGGGCUCUUUUCAGCAUGAUCAUUCUUUUAUGUACACCAAGCCCCCUGGCUGUUUGUUGCCAAAGAGCUUGGUUUUCUCUAGAAUUCAAUAACUCCAGCACUUAUAUUUGUAAAUAAAUGGCAGGAAAUGCUUUUUCCUGACAUGCCCUCUAAAUAACCUAUUAGAAAUAACUUUUGAAGAUUUUCUCUUUAGAUUUGGUGACCCCAAGAUGCUCCUUUUUUUCUUUAACUCUCCAAUGGUGAUCCUUAUGGAAUUGUUUCCCUCUAUUUCCAUCAUCACUGUGUGUGAUUUUGUUUUUACAUUUCCAGUUGGGACUUGUUGAUUGUUGUUGUAACUGUAAAUGCAAGCUUUUUUGUCAGUAGCCACUUUUUAGGGUCAUUUCCUGACAACAAAAUACUCAUUUGUCCUCUGUCACUUUAUUUGAUGAAAUAGUGAAAUAGGAAGUUGCUCCUCUUCUAUGUUGGAUUAUUCCUUAUUGUUUCCACUGUGAGAUUAAGAUAAAUCACCAAAUUAUGUUAUACCUGUUUUUAUUAAACUUUACCAGGGGUGUCAAUUAA